CCCAUCCCAAAGGCCAGGCUAUCACGGCCUGCUAUUCUCAUCGCCACAGAGCCAGUUUAUCUCCGGCUUUCUCGGCGCCUUCCAAAUCCCCAACCCUCCCUCCGCCAUGGCCACCAUCUCCACGGCCGCCACCAUCUCCACGCCCACCACCCUCCGCCCCUCCUCCAGGCAUGCCUUCGCCCACCCCAAAAUGCUGCGCUCGCUCCCCUCCCUCCGCCGCCGCCUGCCCUCCCUAGUCACCGUCGCCGCGGUCCAGCAGGACGCGGCCGUCUGGAACGCGGCCCCGGUCGCCUCCGUCGGCGCGGCCAGCGCCGACGGCACGCUCUUCCACCUGCGCGUCGACCUCUCCGACGCCGCCGACCUCGCCGCCUCCUACACGUCCCCGGGGCAGUACCUCACGAUCCGCGUGCCCGGCGACGACGGCCUCAAGCCGGCCUUCAUGGCCAUCGCGUCGCCGCCGGGGGCGGGCGGCGGGUUCGAGUUCCUGGUCAAGACCGUUCCCGGCGCCACGGCGGAGAAGCUCUGCGGCCUCCGCGACGGGGACGUGGUGGAGCUCGGCGCCGUCAUGGGGAAGGGGUUCCCGAUCGAGCGGGUCACCGCCGAGGAGACCCUGCUCCUCUUCGCCACCGGGACAGGGAUCAGCCCGAUCCGCUCGCUCAUCGAGUUCGGCUUCGCGGCCGAUCAGAGGGCCGACGUGAGGCUCUACUACGGCGCCAGGAAUCUCCAGACCAUGGCGUAUCAGGAUCGAUUUGCAGAGUGGGAGUCGACGGGGCUCAAGAUCGUGCCCGUCCUGUCACAGCCUGAUGAUAGUUGGGAAGGUGCACGAGGGUAUGUUCAGAAGGCGUUCUUGGAUGCCAAGAACAUUGCAAAUCCUGCUUCUACUGGAGCAGUGCUGUGUGGGCAGAAGCAGAUGCUUGAGGAGGUCACAUUGGCCCUUGCAGCAGAUGGUGUAUCACAGGAUAAAAUCUUGAAGAACUUCUGAAGCGGAUUACUGUGUAAACUUGUCCAUCUUUUCGCCUUACUGUGACUUUCUGCUCCUAUUAGAGUUUUGUGAUCAAAUUUGAUCCAUUGUUUUGAUACUUCUCAACAAAAGAAAUGGUAGAUAUGUAUCAGAGAGCAUGUGCCACCGUGCCUAGCCUCCACGAAACCCUGCUGUGUGCUGCCCCUUUGCCAACAGAUAUGUGUAUCAUCUCUCAGGUUAAAGAUCAAUAACGAGACAUUUACAUUUCUCUCA